UCAGCAUUCACUUUGACGAGGUUGGUCCAAUUUGACCGCAAGGAUUUUGUCCAACGGUUUUUCAUUUACCGGCAUUUCUGUCUGCACGCCUCGGUCGACGUGGCUGACCACCGACAGCUUCUGGGGAGAAGUCUGGGUCUCAACUUCUUGUCGCGUCGGCACCUCCUCAACGUCUUCGAAACUCACGAACUCGUCGAAAUCCUCUUCAUUCUCUUCUUCUUCGUCCAAAUGAACAGCAAAACAGACGAGAGCGAUCAGAACGCAGUCCAGGAUGACGCACAAACAUAUGCCAAGCACGGGCACCUCCCUACAAAAUAG